UCCGGAAAAGUACACGCUUUCCCUCCGCCCUGUGUUUCACUCCCAAGUCCCCUUCUAUUGUAUCUGGCCCUACGAAGUGUGUGCCUAAGGAACAAUGCAGGCGCCAACGUUCGUGAUAUAGUUCAACUUAUCCCCAUGACAUGAAAGUGAAUGAGAUGUCUGAAGACGAAUCGAAUGCCGAGGAGGUAGUCCCCAUUGCGGUCCAGAUAUUCCUCUGGAGACAAACGACGCCAUUCGUCAGGCCACGACUUGGAAAAGUCCACGAUGCAGCUUGUAUGUUCUGUCAACGAGCACCAGGGCAUCAUGAGUUGAAAGAAGCCUGCAAGUCAUUCGAAAAAGUUCUCGUCCAGAACCUGCGUUUUGGUUUAUCGAUAAGUCUCUCCGAGGCAAUAGAAGCCAUACCGCGAUGGCGUCUCAUACAAGCGUCGCUACCACACGUUAUGCAUGCCCUGGCAUCUCUGUUGCACAACAGAGUAAAAGACAACAUGCAGUCCUUAGGCAAUGUGGAGACAAAACUACUAUACACGCUACACUGGAUCCUACUUGACGCGUCCGAUGAAUGUGCUGAUAAUGACUAUGAGAAUGGAAUCUAUUUUUCGAAUCCAUUCCACUAUCUUUUCUCAAUACCAACAAUGACGCUAUUCGUGUAUUUAUUCGCACCAUUAUCUCAUCAUCUCAAAGAGUCCGACUUCACAAAUAAUUACCGCUUGGAAAACGGCUUGAAAAUGUGGCAGGCAAUGUGGGAGUUUCGUCAUCCGGAUGCGCCAUGCUUCACCACCCUCGUCAAGCCAAAACCUAAGCCGCUCGGAGGCAAGUUUUCCAAAAGAACCCAACAUGGAGAUGUGUUUAUGGGAAGAAAGUUCUCCAAAGAGGAAGGCCCGGCAAACGGAAGUCCUCCAAGUCAAAACAUAUCCAUGACGCCGUCUGAAGUCCCAUCAAAACAAGCUAGUACCGAAGAAGAGCCGUGGUUAUCGUCACCCAAAGAUACCAUUUUCCCCGAAACCAUACCCGAAGAAAGUUCUAGUACAGAAGAAGAACACGUGUUUAUAUACAGGUUACCAUCAGAACAGAACUUUGGUGGUGCGAUCAAAGAAGCUUAUACAGUUUACGCUGCCGAUCCUAGCAUAUUCCAAAUCCGCAGAACGGAGGGCACAAAGCAACCAUUGCCUGGAAUCAAACCAUUACCACAAAUCACGAAAAUGAGCUCAUCAGAUAAAGAAUCCUUGUCAGAUGGUGGUGGUCAAGGUUUGAAAAGCACUCCGACAUCUACCGAAAAACCAUGUGCUAAACAAAUUCAACAUGUGUCAGCAGCAACUUUCCUAGAUGUCGCCACAUUGCGAUGUUUGUUUGCCACCCAGUGGCAAGAAGAAGGUGUAUAUUGGGCGCUACACUACCUAUAUAACAGACUGCGUGACAUCUGUGAUGACAUGUCUAAGCAAGUUCAACCACGAAAGAGGAGCAAUUCAUUACCAAUCCCUAAAAUAGAAGUCUCCGUAUACCAAAGCCCGGAUAUCAAGGAGCGAGAUUCAUUGAAGAAUUUCAUGGAAGUGCCCGAACUAAAAGACAUGUCGCCAAUAACUGAGCUACCAUUUGCCGCACCGCCUAAAAUUGACGAGGAAAAUAUAAUGAUCCGGAGAUCCAGCGAGAAAAUAAAACGUAAAAUGAAGAUGGCAGAUUUAAAAGCUUUCGUUGAAACCAAGUUAUUAUCGAAAUCUGAAAAGGCGUUAGAAAAAAUUGGACAAGAUGAUCACAAAUUUACAUUUCAUACAGCUGUUAGAAUGAUAUCGGAGUACCAUCGCAGCCUAGACAAUGCCGAUGACAGGCCUAAUUCUGCCUUAGCAAGCCACUUCCCACCUCUGGCGCCCAGAUUAACGGGAGAUUUAUUUCAUUGUAAUCUUAUUAAAGGGAAAAGUAUGCCGAGCCUUAGAUACAUUGGCGAAGUAAAGACGGAGCGCGCUCAAGGGCCAUCAAGCACUGCGCCCUCCAACAUACAAAAGAAGAAGAAUCCCAUUAUAACGGUAACAGAGCACACACCUACACCAUCGCCAGAUUAUCUGUCCAAGACCAGACAGGGUUCGCUAGAAUCUCAGAUCGAUUCGGUGAGCAUGCAAGGCUCGCAACACAUACCGACUCCGGAACGUAAACCCAGUUUAACGCGGUCGCAAACAGACUCCAAUAUAACCUACGUCGUAGAGGAAAUACAAGAGGCACCAGGGUCAAUACACUACAUUACUAAGGACGGCGAUGUAAAUCUACAAGUUGUUCUCAAGGCCGUCUAUGCUGUAUCUACAAUGGAUAGUUUUUACAUAACGUUACGUGUUAUGGAGGUUAUGUUAAACUUAGUCGACACAUUGAUGGAGAUAGGCGUCCAUAAAUAUUGGCAAAACAAUAAGUCAGAUGAUCUACAGCCUGGUUCCAUAGAUCCAAUGGGAGAAUUUAACAAGGAUAAAGAUAGUAAGGAAAGAGAUUCAGGUUUGCCUUGCGGUCAAAGUCAAGAAUCUACCAAUGUGGAUGGAGGCGACAGCAGUAAAGAUAAAUCUAAGGAAGAAGAGGAUUUAGACUGUCCGUAUUAUAUGAUAAUGCAUAUAAUACUAAGGUUACUCCGGCAAUUAGGAUGCUCUCAUGGCUGCACCACAGCUCUCCGAGGGCCGCAAGCGGAAUGCCUGCGUGUUCAAGCUCGCAACUCUCUUCGUCAACUCAGAACUGCGUCCAUACCAAAAUUUACUAAACGUCUUAAGGAUAUGACUAAGUUCUCGCCAAUUAGAGAAGUUCUCGAUAACUUGCAUGCUACUAUUGGCUUCUGUGCUGAACCGGCUACAUUAGUGUCACCGAUGAAUCAGCAAAAACGCAACUUUGCAAAAUCUCCAGACAUAAACAAUCUGCAAGCAGGAUAUGCUACAAACUUUGGACAAACUCAAGGCGCCAAUGCCAAUAGAGCUAUCGAGACAUUCAUAAUUGAAUCUACAUUCAGGGUCCUCGUCACUAGAUUCGCUCUCAUGCAUAAAGAGCUUAAGAUGCUCGAUAAUUCGACUUUAUACAUGGAGGUCCGACUUCUAUUGAGUUACGUAAGGGAAGCCCAUGGCUCUGAAUACCGAUUAGUGGCUUUCAGUGCUCUUUUAGAUACUGCGGAAAGACCAGAUCAACAGAAAGAUUCGAAUAUGCAGACCACGAGAGUUAUAAGGCACAUAUCACGGACAUCAGAAGAAGAACGAGGUUCGGAUACAGGAGCAGAUUCAGGUUGCGCUCCAGAUGAGAGAAUCCACAAGAAAUUCACAUUUAAGAAAAGGAGUACAUCAUCCACUGGCGCUCACAGUCUAUUAGAAACUGACGGCGGCGAGGAGUCUGCAAGCCAGUCGCCACUGUCCACACGUACGCGCCGCUACCAGCUCACGCCGCGACAUUCGGAACGUACAAUACCCGCUACAUCGUCCGCUGAUAUCACGCCCCACCAUAAAAUACAUCAUUCUAAAUCCAUACCCUCCAAGUUUCAUAUCAGCGGCAUCGUUAACUGGUUCCGUCAGAAGCCUGCGGCAGCAUCUCUAGCUCGUAAUGGCGGUGGGUCGGGAGAAUCUCUGCCCAUGUCGGGUAGCACUGCGUCGCUGGUACGCGCGCCCCUUGCGCCACCGCCUGCGCCUCGACCAGCGCCUGUCAAACGACGCGUCGGUUACACGCUAAACAGAGCUCGAAAACGUGUUGAAGACAGAUUGAAUAGAUUCGGAAUAAGGAAAAUAGGAAAGAAACGAGAUGGGAGCAUAGAAGAGACCAGUGGUGGUUACAUGUCAAGGCGAGGGUCGGCAGAGGGGGGUUCGGGUGGUGGCGAAUCAGAGGUGGUGGUAUUGAAACGACGUCGUCUGGUGGCAGCAGCGCCGUUAUACGCCGGGCUAGCCCGCUUUAGCUUCAUGUUGGACGCCACGCAACCCGGAGCUACUCCUGACGCAUUGUUUAUGGCUGCAUUGUUAGAUUUGCCACACACCGUAGUUGUUGGAAGAGCAGCGAUACUAUUAGAAUGUGCUCAUUUAGUCCACAAUUGUAACAAAGGACAAUGGCCGUAUUGGCUAAAAUCUAACAUCAAAGGGGCCGUGUCAAUGAGCCCUCAGCUAAGAAGGCAACGUCUGGCCGGGAAACUAUUCUAUCAAUGGGCUGAAGCUAUAGGUAACAGACUGGAAGAGAUGUUAAUAGAAGAUAAGAAACAUAUAGACACAGUUGUAAACUUGGUCACUGAUCCUGAUGGCCAAAGGGAACUGCUACAACAGGACGAAGAAGAAGACUUUCUUGAUGAAGCAAGCAUACGCCUCCCUGGAAAACCUAUCGGUGCCGAAUGCCCCCGUGCUUUAAGAAUAAUUGCCUGCGUCUUACUGUUUGAAAUAACAGCAUUCCUUCGCGAAACAUACCAAGGCCUGCCAAAAACAUUUCGUUCUUCACUAAAAGAACGAGGACCGUGGGACAGAGUUUACAGAGAGGCGAACCGUCGUUGGAGUAUGGCUCUAUCGAGUAUGGGACAUUCACAAGCUUCCGCGCAGAGUUUGCAAUCGAUCGCAGGCGCUGAGACAGAAAGAAAAAUAUCCUUUGUUCUCCAUGAACCUGAAAAUGUUUCCGGAGGAAGUAAUGUCACUUUAGCAGACGCCAUCCCAACAGCUGUAGAUGACAAAAAGGGUAGACUGGGAUCCCGAGGUAAAGCGUGUAUGCCUCGACGCAACACACAACAGGCGCAUUCCGCUUAUGGCUCUUUCAAAAGACGCUCGAUCAAACUGAGGCAGAAAGACAACAGAGAUGUCGAGGAAUUCGUUAACCGAAGAUCUGAUUCCAUACAAAGUAGAAGAAAAGUAUCUUCCCUAUCGGACAGGAGUGAUACAUCUGAAGUCUAUCCUGGAGCUGGUGGAACAGUAAUAAUGCCAAAUGAAGUUGAUAGCGGUGGCGAAGAAAGUCCCGGAGUACUAUCAGACGAUCAUGAUCAUCCUCCAGAUAGCCCCGACAGCAACUCUACUGACCCACCGGAUACAAACAAGGGCUUCCCUUGGCUAAAAGUAAUGGUGAAGUUCUUGAACUCGUUCAACUACGUGUGCUGCCACCAAAACUUCUGCCAUCCGUAUUGCUUCCGACGUAACAUGCGCGCUAGUAUACGUCUUAUGAAAUCCGUACAAAAGAUUUAUGGAGAGAAAUUUGGACCUGAAAUAAAUACAACAAGUGCUGAAGAAGGAGUAGGUGUAGCUCGUCGUGGACGUCGCACACGCAAACCUUCUGAGCAUUCAACUGACAGAAUUGACAGGUCGGUAAUAGAGAGCGCAGGGCUAGCGUACAGGGCAGCGGUAGUGGACCACAGCCUGCCGCAUCUGGAGAUGCCGCCCGUGGCUAGGCCAGGCGCUAUGCCCUACCCACCGCCGGAACCUCCGGCUAUAUUGAAAUAUUUAAAAGGACAGGUCCGCGAUGCAUUCCAUACUCCCCUAGCAACUUUGAUAAAAGGCGCGACCACAAUGAGCGAGGAAAUGUUCGCGGAAAGCGCUCCGGUUGCGUGGCAGCUGCUAUUGGAGCCAGACCGGGAACUGAGCUCUUGCGCCGCUGCCUUGUUCAUACUGGCAGCUGUUAAAGCACCGCAUACAGCUACUGAAAUCAUGCAUAACGAUCUAAAACACGCCGACCCCGGAGUCAGGAUCAACGCAAUACUAAGAUUUCAAGUAAUGUGGAAGCUCAGAUACCAAGUGUGGCCGCGAAUGGAGGAAGGCGCAUCUAUGACGUUCAAAGUACCUCCGCCAGGCAUCGAAUUUACACUACCCUCUCCUAAAAUUGGAAUUGAGUCUCUAGCUGUUGUUGAUCCACCAUGGAGUCCGCAAGUGAAGGACAAAGAUAUGGAAAUGACUUUGAAUCAGGAACGACAUCGAUCAUUAGUAACAGCAACAAAAACCCGCAAGAAGCAGCAGACGGAGGCGAUAAAACGCGCACUGCAACAACGUAAUGACAAAAAACGCGCAGAGCGUGAGAGUUUUCUCAUCACCACCAUUCCGAUAACCAGGCAAGCGGCGAGGGAGCCAGCACUAGACCACGUGGCUGACGACCAUAUUGAACCUCCAGCUGAUGAGGAGAUGGUGGAAGGAGUUCGCGGUUCCCAUCACACUCAAGUGGCCUCAGCUCUAUUCCCGUCUACGUUAUGUUCUGCUGUGGCCGAAAUUGUUUCUCUGCUAGAUGACGCAGCGGUAUCAAGGGAUGGUUGUUCGGUUUACGAAGUCGCAUACCAGGUGAUCUGGGGAUGUCUCGUUGAAGAUUCGGCUUUGUUCCUUCGCCACGUACUAGAACGUCUGACUCGUGAUCACCAAGAUGAAAUGUUCAAACUUCUUCGACAUCUGAUUCGAUUUAUUCCACGACUGCCGCAGCAAGCUGCAUUCGCUCUCUACAACUAUAUUAUAGGAUACGUCAUGUUUUAUGUGAGGAGUCCACAUGAAGAAGGGCAGAGACUUGUUGGUGCCGCUUUGUCUAUACUGUGGAUGGUGGUACAUAGCGUUCACGGAAUAAUGUUCAAAGAUUUGAAACAGAUUUUGCGUAAAGAGCAAUGCGAUGCAUCCAUUUUGUUAACAGCUAAUGUGCCAGCCGCGAAGAAAAUCAUUGUUCACGGACCUUCUGACAAUGAAGGCAGUAUUCCAUCGCAAUUCCCCGUGCAAGAAGAUACAAUAUUUUCACAAAUUUUGAAAGAGUCUUUAGAUUUCUUCAGCAUUCCAGAAAACAUGCAUCACGAAUAUUUUCUUGUUGACUUUAAAACACGUCAAAUCCACAAUCCGCAGAACUACGUGCGCGAUCAUUAUUUCUUCAAACGAUCUCAAUACCCUCAGUUAGGGCUCGUGCACAUGGAGCCAGAAGAAGCAUUCAACAAAUUGCAACAGCAAGAGUUGUUGCUCAAAUUCAUCGAAAUCGGAAAGGUCUUGCUUACUUGGGCUAUACUCAAAAACGUAGACAUGGUUGUCCAACGUGUAGUGUUUCUGCACGAUGAACUAAUGAAGCUGCCAUCAUUUCCUCGCAAAGCGCUUGAGGCAGACCUAGGUCUUUACAGCCGCGGGCCGCUUGGUACCACACUCUUAGGGCUGGAUGUCCUGCACAAAUUUAUGUGGGUCCGACUCAUAGCUCGAAUGUUCGAAGCCAUGGCUGGUAACUUUACAUCAUCAAGGGAUAUUCAUUUAUUCCUAAACGUGCUCAAUGGCGCCCUGAUGUUACAUAGCGAAGAUGCUUUGAUAUUGAGAUACGUCAUAGCGACUUAUGUUAAUGCUGCGUCUAACUUUAAAAGUAUUUUCUCUACUAAUGGCUAUUUACUUAUCAUGCCAACAUUGCUCCAAAUAUAUUCAAACUUCCAAACAAACAAGCUCGUGACGACAACAAUAGAGUACGCAGUAAAGCAGUUUUACUUACUGAACAGAAAACCAUUUAUUUUGCAAAUGUUUGGCUCGGUAUCCGCCAUAUUGGAUACAGACGAAGAAGCAACUUACGGUGAUGCAAGUAAGGUACAAUCUAGCUGUCUAUUCAAUUUACUUCUAAGCCUUGAAACACCGUCACCGGACCCGCUUCACAUAGCGGAACUAAUAAAGGAGGAAAAGCCGUUAAAACCCAUAGACUUCUGCUAUCGAGAUGAAGAAGAAAUGGUUAAUGUACUGGACUGCAUCAGUUUGUGUGUGAUGGUGGUGUCUUAUUCAGCUGAGAGUAUGAGGGGAUAUCAAAUGUUGAUAAUACUGGAAGCUAUCCUGCCAUGUUACGUCAAGCAAAUCCAACUACCGACGUAUAACAGAGAAGGCAAGACAGAGAAAGAAAUCAUUCAACAACUGGCGAUAGCUAUCAAAACUCUUAUCAAUAAUUGUGAAGGACUAUCAAAAUCCUAUAAUGGCCCAUACAGAACCUCGCCAGAACAUAAAGGUUCCUCCCAAAGAACAGGGCCACGCACGGGCGCUGCCACCAUUAUAGCAUUCGAGGAAUCGCAUUCAAAAUUCGACAAUUCCAAAAUGCCGCCACCCGAAUAUACCGGUGCUGAAGAUUCUGAGCUGAUCCGCGCGGAAUACCGUCGUCCUCGUGAUGUGUUACUAUCACUGGUUGGUGACUUCAUCGGACGAGCCACCACACGACUACUGGAACUCAACGGCUCUAAAGGAAGCGGUGGAAGUGAGGGCAAGCCCGUGGAACUGCUGGACAGUAAAUCGCAUGUUCGUUUGGCAGACAUAGCCCACGCGUUACUCAAAGUAUCGCCAUACGACCCGGAAUCAAUGGCAUGUCGAGGUCUCCAGAGGUACAUGAAGGAAGUUCUGCCUGUGGGCGACUGGGCCGAUGAUACCCUACGCGCCGCCCUGCUCAUGAUCUUGAGACGUCUUGAUAAAGUGUUCCUGAAGAUAGCUAAGAAACCUGGCAUACGAAGAAACACCGAUUGGGAUUCUGCAGCGGAACUGCUAAAAGGCGUUUACGAAACAAUGAUAAGAUGUCCGUACAUAAUGCAUUGGCCACAAAUGAAAACACUCCUUAACACAGUACAGGCUUUAAUAGUAUCUGAUAAUAAUACCGGAGAGAAUUUAUCGUCUGCUACAGCAGCAUUGAUGUCUCAGCCACCACCUCCUCAUUUUUGCAGUACUGUUGUUCUGCUCAUUGCUCUACAAGUCAUCAAUACUGGGGAUAGUUACUCCUUAGAGCAAAUGUGCGGAGGCAGCGCUAUAUUCCCGACGGCGGAAAAGACCGAAAACAUGUUGAUGAAUUUAUUUAUGCCGCUAUGUAUGCGAGUCGGGAGUGGCAGAAAAGACGUUCCUCCCCUACGCCAGUCAGACGUCAGUUACCUGGUAUCAGUAGUGUUAAACGCGUUAUGCCCGCCGGCGCCACCCGGCCAAGUGGCGGCGGUCAACGCCAAGCUCAACGCGGCUGAUGCGCGCGCCAACUCUCUCACCUUCACUGGCAGCCGCGACACCAGGAACACUACCAGACUCUCCAAUCAGCUGUAUAGGAUUGCGUUCUUGGCUCUGAAGGUAGUGUGCGCGUGUUUCUCGAGCGAGCUGUGCGGCGAGUGGGGCCGCAUCGCGCGCGCCAUGCGUGAGCUCGGCCGCCGCAACGAGGCCGCGCACCACCUGUGGGACUUCCUCGAACACGUCGUUACCUACCGCACGCCGCUCUAUAUACUGUUACAGCCGUUUAUUGUCCAUAAGUUGUCCCAACCACCAAUCGGCGACAACGAGCGGCACAUGCAGUUCGUGGUGCGUGAGCGUGUGCGCGGACUGAAGCUGCCCGCCGCCAGAGCUCGCGGCGCACUACUCACCGACCUAGCGCGGGAGCUACGCUCGCUGCGGGACACUCACGACCAGUGCAAAUACGACCAAAUCUCGGAAAACCUGGGUCAGGCCGGUGGGAAACGUUCGUCCGAAGUGUUCCCUCGCCCUUCGAACGUACAAGACAAACACCAACAGCACAGGCCGUCGCUAAUAUCCAUGCUAGUGGGUCGCGCUGGCGCAGGUGGUAUCCCACGCACCCCCGACCAUCCCUCCGCACCUCUUACUGCCCAGAGAGAAUCUCUGUCGAGUAGUUCUACAACGAGCCAGCAAUUGCCGCUAUUCGAAAUCGGUUUGAACAACAACGGUCGGCAGAGCGAUCACUGUAAUAAUAAUACAAACAAUGGCAACUCUAACGUCGGAUCUGUAAACAAUUACGGGAUUGACUCGAAACCACCUGUUAGCACCCCGUCGUAUGUUAGUGCUCAAACAAAACUGCGCUUCGUGCCCUCUGUAGAGUUCAAGUUCACAUCAGGUGAAACAUCCAUGACUCCAUUAUCCCCAAUGUCGCCUGAUUCGCGUGUGAGCGGCACUAGUCCUGGGGGCAUUUGCGCGGGGAUGGAGGAGACGCGCACCGACAGUCCCGAUGGUGACAAGCCGCGACUGCAGCGAGCACACGGACCUUCCAAAAAGACCUUCAAGUUCCGACGCAGCCGGCAUGCGAAGCCUGAGCCGUCGCUGGCUCGGUUCGAGUCGGAUUCGGGGUCGUCGCCGGGCGCGGACAGCACGCCGCUCCGGCGCGCGUGGUCGCAACCACCAUUCCUGCUACCAGCCGCUACCAACACCGACACCUCCUACGACAGCGAAAUCUCGCAGACCUCCUCCACCUCGGGAUACAGGCUAGCAUUACUGCCGCGCCAAGAGAGCUACAGCCUGCAGGUGUCGAUGACGGAGUCAUAA